AUGCCGGUUGAUGCCAGCAUUGGGGGCAUCAAUGGGUCACGCACUACUAAAGUAUCGACGUCCCGACACGAAAACAACUGGGCAGUGCUGGUGUCGACGUCCCGCUUCUGGCUCAACUACCGUCACAUUGUCAACACCAUGUCAAUAUACCAUGUCGUUAAACGUCUUGGUAUACCAGAUAGCAAUAUCAUUCUGAUGAUUCCAGAUGACAUGGCUUGUAACGCCCGCAAUCCGCUGCCGGCGCAGCUGUUCAACAAUGAAAGCCACCUGCUGGACGUGUACGGCCAGGAUGUGGAGGUGGAUUACCGGGGCUACGAGGUGACCGUGUCCAACUUCCUGCAGGUGAUGACAGGUAGGGCUCACUACAAUGUUCCUCGUUCCAAGCGCCUGCUUUCGGACGCAUCUUCCAACGUGCUGGUGUACCUCUCGGGCCACGGGGGCGACGAGUUCAUCAAGUUCAAUGAUGUGGAGGAGCUCCUGGCCCAGGACCUGGCGGACGCGCUGGCGCAGAUGGCGGAGAAGGGCAGGUAUCGGGAGCUGCUGAUGAUUGUGGAGACCUGCGAGGCAGCGACGCUGGUGCAGAGGAUUAGCGCGCCCAACGUCAUUACCGUCGCUUCCAGUCAGAAAGGGCAACAGUCGCUGUCAUUUAAGUCGGAUCCGGAGCUGGGCCUGUCUCUUAUUGACCGGUUCACGUACCAGACGUUGGCUUUCUUUGAAAACAUCGAAUAUAACAGCACUGCGACGUUGGCCGACCUGUUGCAGACGUACAGGUGUGUCGCGUGUGCGUCGCAUUUCUCGUACCGGAUGACAAAUGCGACACGUCGACCUUGCGAUGUGAAACUGACUGACUUUUUUGGGUCGGUUGCAAAUGUCCAGAUUGCCUCUGACCGGGGCCCGCAGGUAAGGUGGUUCCUGCUGAGCGUUCCACAAGUAUUUGUCUGUUACAACGCUUAG